AUGGAGAGCCGCCCGCCACACACGCCAUCAAACACUGUGCGGCGGAAGCCCGCCCCGGAUGCGCAACUGGGUCCGGUUGCCAAAUACACCCCGUUAAGAGCAGAAGACGAGGUUGACCCAGUGACGCAUCCUACACAAAUGCACCAGGUGAUGUCGGACCCAGCUAAUGUCUCCGAGUCAGAAUCACAAGAGGGUUCUGAUUUGAUUGGGGAUGCGGGAUUCGCCCUCGGUCAACAACCUAGCAAGGAGCCGUUCACGCGAGCCGUUAUCGGCAGUAAGAGCCUCAACGAUCGGAACAAUAUUGCGGAAUCUUGUCGACCGUGGGAACCUUUCUGGCAUCGAAGGAGCGUUCUGGGGGCUUUUCUCCUGCUGUUUGUGCUUCUGAUCGUUGCACUUGGCGUACUUUAUCAACUAUCAGAAGCAUGGAAUGGUUUCAGCACAGGCAUCUCCUCCAAUGUCUAUACCUGGAAGUACGGUCCUACAGUUGUGCUGACGGCUGUUGCAAUCCUCUGGCAGAAAGUAUGCUACACUUCAAAGAUCAUUUCACCUUGGCAAUCAAUGUUUCGUGCGUCUGGCGGCCACGGAGGUCAAACACUACUGGUUGACUACAUCACCCCGAUGUUCCCUGCGAUCAUGUCACGAGCAGUCAAGAACCGCCAUUGGGGAGUCCUCGCGGCCGAAUCUGGAAGACUGCUCCUCAUGAUUGCUACAGGUUUCUCAACAGGCCUCCUGGUCCUCUCGGCUGUACCCAUGCUCGAUACCGGAGUUCCAAUCCACCUGAACUCGACUUUCUCUGCAGCCGGAGUGUCCGGUCAAUAUGGAGGUGCGCCCAACCCCAGUGUCGACGGCGUCGGUGCGGGAAAUAUAGGAAAUCUGAGCUUUCUUGAUACUACUUUGCGCAAUUAUUAUGGCGCUUCUCAUGGAGACCUACCCUUCAGCUUCGGCACAACAGCGACUAUGGCCUAUGAUACCUUUAUCGUAGACCAGUCGUUGCACGCCAGCUCACUAUUGACCGUCACCUUGGAUGCUUUCCUUCCUGAUUUCCAGUGCCACAUACCGGUGCUUCACAAUCCACUUCCGAUCCAGUACACCGUCCUUGGUUCCGAAGUCGAUCCUCUCAUUUCGCUCGAUAUCGAAGUUGAAGGGUGUGUUCCCACUCUUGAUACGUCAUACACUAUCAUGAACUCGAAUUUCGACUUUACAGCUCAUUCUCGGACAAUAGAAGGCGAUUGGGAAGUCAUAUACAUGCAGUGCCCGUCAGGGCUUGAGCCUGCCUGGUUACUGGCAGUCACCGAUGGGAGAUACACGCAAUUGGCUUACAAUCAAUCGAGCUUCUCCUAUAAUUACUUGGUCAACAUCGUUAACAUCUCGAUAGCUGUGUGCCGACCAACGUACUCCAUCAAGAGUUCAGCGGUCAUCAUAGAUCCUGCAGCCAUUCCAGCCGGGACUGGGGUGCAGUUACAAAGCACCCAGAACGGGACGACCAGAAUGCUGGACAACUUCAACACCACGAACACUCUUCUUGCUUUCGAGAGCAUCAUCAUGGCUGGGUCAGAUCUCACUUUAGCACCGUUAGCAAAAGUGGCGAAUACCACUCAAAUGGUAUAUCCUUACCCCUACUUCUCGUUGCUUGCCGAUCAUUACGGAAAAUCGAGUUUGGAACCCUUUCUGGAUCCGGAGAACAUGGUUGCCAGUGCUCAAGCUGUUUAUCAAGGGGUCAUGGUUCAAUUUGCUCAUAAGUUUCUUACUCAGCCACAAAACACCACGGUUCAGAGCCAACAACAUGUUCAAGAGAAUCGGUUAUUCGUCAAGCUGUCGCCUCUCGUCGUCAUGGCCACCGCGUUUGGCCUCUUGGCAGUAUGCACGACCGCCAUCUUGAUUAAUCGAGCGACUGGCCUUCUUCCACGAAACCCUGACAAUGCCGCCAGUCAAGCUGCGAUACUCACUUCGAGCGCAGACUUGUUGUUGCUGAUUCGGAACACCGGGCAUUUCCCCGAUAGCAAAUUGAACGAUCUCCUCGCGCCGAGGACGUUCAGGUGCACCGUGGUCGACGACACCGACUCUCCGAGAGUGGUGGUGGAACCUCAGCUAGGAAAGCCCGCAAAUGGUCGUCAGCCGGCCACCCAAGACCGUCCAUAUUGGCAGCCAUUUGCUAUUUCGUGGCGCUUCAUGGCUCUGAACUUCAUCACGCCGGCUGGUGUAGUGAUUGUCCUCGAAGUGCUGCAGGGAAAAUCAGCCGACACUGGCGGUAUCUGCUCUAUUUCGAUGUCAAGCAGCAUUGCGCAUCUCUUGUCUACAAUCGUUCCGGCAUGCGUCAUGAUACUUAUAUCAACCAUGUCUCAGAGUGUGGACUCGGCCAUAUCGAUAUUCAGCCCGUUCGCCAAGUUACAAUCUGGGGCUUCCCACCGUUGGAGGCCAACCGCGGACAGCCCGCUGGCCCACAUGCCUUUGAGGAAUCUGUUUGCGGGAGCCUGGGACAUGAACCCGAGUCUUUCUUUUUCGUCGGUGACUAGGUUCCUUGCACCAUUCCUCACCAUCAUUGUCGCCGCGCUAUAUAAGAUAACACCAUAUGAGAUCCCCACAUUGGGUUCUGUGCGAGUGACUUCACAUGUCAACAGUAAUUGGACAUCCUACGAUGGCGCCACGUCGGACGGGACGGCGGGAAUAUCACUGGGCUUGAUUGAGCAGCAAGGGGCCCCAUACCCACCAUUUACAUUCGACGAACUUGCUUUCCCCGAGUUCACUAUUCCUGCAUCUACACAAGUCGAUAACGUGACCGAUGAGGGGGUCACAGUCACGCUGCCAGCUACCCGAGCUUCGUUGGACUGUGUUUUCGUUCCGCCUGAAAAAGUCACUGCCAACGUCACGGAUUCUGCCUACUCGUGCGAGGGUCAAAGCUGUUUGGCUACGAUGUUGUUCCAGACCAACAUCUCGGCUAAAUGUGCUGACCAGCUUUACGCCCCUUUGUUACUACUGCCCAACGACGGAGCAGGUGCUUACGCGAGCGGUAUUUGGCUGACAUUUUGGUCUAAAAGGCAAGGGUGGUACUCCGAAGAUUGCCCGACGAUUGGAUUCUAUUUUGGCCAUCUCCGGGUGAACGACACGGCACCUUUGAACGUGACCACGAUGAUGUGCUGGCAGGAUAUCGAGGAAGUCGAUGCUACGGUUGCUUUCCUGCCUCCGAGCAUGAAAGCCGAUCCUUCGCGGCCACCCACCGUUGAUGAGAGCACAAGAAGAACCGUUAAAUCCAAAGCACAGCUCUACACUGCCGAACUGAUCGCCGACAACCUGCCCCUCUGGCAGACUGGACCUCCCCAGGGGGAUCAUCCCGCGCGUGCGUCGCUACUAUACGCUGAUUUGGAGCCAUUACAUACUACUCCGGCGACUGGGUACUCGGGCAGCUCGUCCGUCGAGUCUUUCUUCCAAACCAUGAUUCUCGGCGGAUCGGGCAUUGACCCCGAAGAUCUGAUGGGGGUUGAAAAUCAGUCGCGCUUCUUCACCGCGACCCAGCAUCUCUACCGGAAGUAUAUGGCCUUGUACAUCAACGCCAACAUGCGCGAAGCGUACGCCACUGGUGCUCGAGCCCCUGUCUACAAUGCUACCUUCUAUAGCGGCACCGGUCUUCGCCUGAUACAGAACAACUCGUCCAAGAUUGCACUUCAAGCCAUUCUAGGAACGAUGAUCCUCUGCAGCCUCCUGGCGUACGCAACGCUGCCGAUAUGGAACAUUCGUAGAUCGUUGCCUCACAACCCGUGCACUAUUGCCGGCAUGAUGAGCUUCCUCGCCGGAGACUCUGUCUGUUCCAGGGAUGUCAACCCUGUGGGCGCAGAGUUCAUGACCGAUCAACAGUUGAAUCGUGUGUUUGCCGACCGAGUCUUUGCGAUGGGUUGGUGGUUCCCAGCUGCGAAGGGAGAAGUUCUCGCGUCGACGAAGUCCAGAUGGCGAUUUGACAGAGCAGCGGACAAGGAAGGCGCACGAUUUGGCAUUGGUGUCCAGAACUCCACUGGAAUGGCCAAAUGAGGGCUGCCAAUCUGUACAAAGACUGUCUGACUGGAAUUCUCCCUCGCUUUUCAAGUCGAGUUGCGCUCUUCCAGGCUCCAUGCUUCCUGAAACACCCCGUAGGAUCUAAUAAUGUUGCGCGUCGAUCGAGCAUUGAUGGUGGGCGAG